AUGGAACACCUUCAGUUUCUCCACUCUCAGGCUCCUUCAGAUCGGCUCCUGCAGCCUCUCUGGGAUCAUCUCCUCUCCAACCAUCUGCCUCUAAUCACCUCUCCCUUCUUCCCCGUGCUCCUCGCCUUCUCCAGCUACUUUUUUAUCCCCCCGACCGCGGUGCCCCAAGAGGCACCGAGCGUGUACGCGGUGCUGGUGCUGGCUGUCCUGCUACUGUUUGACACUCAGUACUUCAUCUGGCACGUGGUGCACCACAAGCACCUGCAGCUUUACCGGUGGGUGCACGCCAUCCACCACAAGUACAUAUCCCCCUUCUCCUGGUCCGCCGAGCAGCUCAGCAUCCCGGAGCUGAUGGCGGUGGGGUUCUGGGGAAACCUGGACCCCGUUCUCCUGGGAUGUCACCCGCUGACAACGUGGUGCGUGACUGUGUUCAGCAUCUGGAUGUCGGUGGAGGACCACAUCGGGUACGACCUUCCGUGGACGCUGAACCGGGUGGUGCCCUUUGGGCUGCUAGGCGGAGCGCCAGCACAUGACAUGCACCACCAGAAGCCAGGGUGUAACUUCGCCCCGUUCUUCAGGCACUGGGACAGGAUCUUUGGCACGGCGGCACCGGUUUAGAUUAAUGCAAAAAAGUUGUGCAGCGGUGUGUCAGAAAAUACAUGUAUAGGAUAUAAACCUAUGUUCUGUCGUUUACUUUUUAUUUUUUAUGUUGUCAGUUUCCUGCACUGCAAAGUCAAUGUUUAUUUUGUUUAAUUAUGUGUGCUGUAUCCCCAACAAUGUGUCCAAGAAGAUAUUGCUCACAUAGUGUCUACAAAGUACACUGACACUUAACUUAAUGUUAAUCCAUCGAUUUGGGACAAAUUAUAAAAUCUGUGAAAGGGAGUUCAAUCCCGUGGAUUAUUUUGUUGGUUGCAUAAGAGGAAGUCCCUUCUGGAUUAACACAAAUCUAGCCAUGAACCCAGAUUCCCCCUCCUUUGCUUUAGUCUUAGAGAAAACCUCUAUCAAGUAGGUUAAAUGAAUAGCACAAACAGAAUGUAUGUCUAGUUCCUUAUAGUUCCAUCUUUGGACAAAUUAAGCACCACAUUUAUAUAUUUUAAAUAAAUACAAGUUUAUUGAACAUAUAACUCACAAAUGUAACUUAAUUAAGACUUCUGUUCAAAUAUUGCACAAGCAUGUUUAAAACGUGCGUUCUCUGUGGAGUGCAGCUUGGUGUAGCUGAUGAACUGGAGCCUCAGUUUCCUCAGUUCAGCCAUGUUGAAGCUCCUGGUGUAUUCAAUGUAAUAACAUCAGGUUAAGGACAGAUUGUGUGUUCAUUCAUGUGACAAAACGCUUGAAAGCUGUUAACCUUAUUUGACCAAAGUAAUAUAGAAAACAUAAAAAGCACCAUAAGGAUGCAACAAAAAAGUUCUCUGAUGACUAGUUUACUUUCCAGGGCUAACAUUUUCAAAGUGAUGUGAAAUAAAAUAAUUUAUUUUAUUUGAAUCAGGUUUCAAAGCUACUUCUUGACCCCAAUUUGCAAAAAAAGUAAUCCUUUUGUGUAGGGUAGUUUGUUUUUAUUAGGAUUGUGGGGGGGGGGGGGAGUGCUGC